ACACGCUACGUCAUUAGAGUGCGCGCUGGUUUCAGAGAGGAGGUAGGCAGAUGCCUCUUCGAAACAAUAGUCAACUGUCGUCUGCUUACGACCCGUUUUUCCUCUCAUUCUGCUGAAGAGCAGCUGCUGGGAUGCCAAAGAAGUUCCAGGGCGAGAACUCCAAGGCGGCCACAGCCAAAGCCCGCAAGGCUGAGGCCAAGGCAGUGGCAGACGCCCGCAAGAAGCAGCAGGAAGAGGAUGCUCUAUGGCAGGAAACCGACAAACAUGUUCUCAAAAAAGGACAGAGAAAGGAUGAAAAGGAAAAGAAGAGGCUCGAGCUUCUGGAGAGGAAAAAGGAAAACCAACGACUUCUGGAUGAGGAGAGCUCUAGCAUAAAAGGCAGAGCCCAGAGGGAGGCUGGACCUGGAGGAAAAGUGACUCGUGCCCAGAUCGACGAGGUGCUUCAGAACGAGCUCAAGCAACAGCAGGAGCUAGAGCUCAAACCGAAAGAAAAGAGCCAUCUGGAGAUUCCACUGGAGGAGAACGUGAACAGAAUUAUCCUUGAUGAAGGAACCGUGGAAGCCAGAACAAUAGAAGAUGCCAUCGCUGUGCUCAGCACUGGGCCUGAGGACUUGGAUCACCACCCGGAGCGGAGGAUGAAAGCAGCGUUUGCCGCCUACGAGGAGGCCAACAUGCCUCGCUUAAAACAGGAGAAUCCCAACAUGAGGCUGUCGCAGCUGAAGCAAAUGUUGAAGAAGGAGUGGAUGAAGUCGCCAGAGAACCCCCUGAACCAAUGCUUUGCCACCUACAACUCAAAGUGAAUGCACUCUUUCCCCUCAUAACCCCAUUUGAAAACUGUCUGCCUAUGCACAUAGGAGGCUACCAAUGAAAAUUUGAAAAGAAUUGAAAAACGAGUGUUGCUGAUAAGAGUUUCACCACUUCCCGCCCAGAAACAUUCUCUCCAAUGCCAGAUGAGCUUGGUUGUUCCAUUGACUAGCAAGGAGAAGCUCAUUUUCCCUUAUCGAGGUCACACAUGAUACCUGUGCGCGUGGCCUCGAAUGUGGCACUUCAGCAUCCAAUACAUUGAAUUAUAUAUAUUUUUUUCCUAGUACCUUGUGGGGAGGUGGGAAGCCAUGUUUUGAGAGUAACUUAUUAAAGUUCACCACUCGAUCAUCAACAUCUCCUGUUGCUUUUAAAUAAACUUCUUCUUUGUUGGUAGGAGGCACAUAAAUCAAGUCACACACUGAAGUCAAAUAUUUUGGCCAACUGCUGCUGUUCCGAAAAGAAGAUGAAGUUACAGAGUUUAAACUUUACUUUUCAUUCAAGGAGAAAAUUGACUAUAAUUUUGUUUCUAGGGUAAACAAUGUUCACCAGCAACAAUCGUGGUAACUUUUUUUUUUUCUGUCCUUUUAGUUACUUUGGCAAGUGACUAACCAGUUUUCUACAAAUGAGUCUCGUUUGCUUAAAUACCAAAACAUUUGGCAUUAAACAUUGAAGCCAGCGUUGCCAGUGGACUAAAAGUGUUGCCCUGAAUAUACACACAUACAGUCCAAAGUACGUUUUCUUCCAAGAUAUCUUUGUUUUAGGCAUACAACAGCAAUGCCUGUUGCUUUCACAUUUAAUUUAAGAUAUGGCUGGAUGACCAAGUGGCUACAUAGAUAACUAACUGUGCAGGUUUACUCCCCAUAACAACUGCUCUGUUCGAUGCAGCAAAUGUGACUUGAUUAAAUCGUUACCCCCGUC